AAUUUUUCGAUUCAUUUUUUUUUCCCGCUGAUGUUUUCAGAUGUUUCAACCAUUUUACUCUUAUCUUAGAAUUUCGUAAAAGAGUUGUAGCAGAGUAGCAGAUUAUUUUUAUUCUUGUCUCAUUUCAUUUCAGAAAAUAAAGCUAUCCAAGUUGUAAAUAAGAGAAUUCAAAAUGAAUGACACAAAGAAUACUUUUCUGCGAUUUGACGCUACCGAACUCGAUGAGCCAUCAUUGAAAAUAGUUUUGCAAGAACUUGGAGAAACGGAAGAAUCUCGAAUGAAAGGUUUAUGGAUACUUCGUGAAGAACUCAAAAGUUGUACUGAUAUUGAACCCUGUUUAGAUGAGUCAUUUCUUUUAGCAUUUCUGAGAGUAGCUAAAUUUGAUACAACGAAAGCACUUUGUAGAAUAAAGAACUUCUACCAGCAUCAGGAAAAACUUGUAGAUGGUUUCAAGAAAAUUUCCAUGUCUUAUCAUAAAGCCAGAAGUCUAAAGCAUAUAUUCGUUUCUCCUUACAGAUUGAAAAACAAUUCCUUGCUAGUAAUGGCAUCUGGAGGAAUUGACUACAGUGUAUACAGCUUUGAAGAACGAUUCUAUUUAGAAAGUUUAGCGAUAUCCCUGUUCUUAGAAAAUCAAGUCAGUCAGAUGUGUGGAUUUAAUCUCAUAAUCGAUUACUCUGGCUUCAAUUUUCGUGGCUUGCGUGAACAUACGCCGUGGAAGUUGAAAUGGUUCUUGGAUUCGGCACUGAAUAAAUUACCAAUUCGAUUUAAGAGUUUCCAUGUUGUAAAUGCUCCCUCCUUGUUCUCAUCCUUAUACAGUAUGGGCUAUCCUUUUCUACCUAAGAAGAUUCAAGAAAGGGUUUUCAUUCACCCUAACGAUAACUGGAAAAGUCUGCAUGCUCAUUUCCCUGCUGACAUUCUUCCAGAAAAAUAUGGUGGAAACCUAAAUGAUAGCUCUAUGUUAAAUUUUAUAGAAUAUUUUGGAUUGGAAAAUUUAGAAGAGAAAUUCCACAAAAAAUUAGAAUAUGGUUUGAAAAAAACUAAACAUCGUCGACUAGCAUUGAAAGUACUUCAUUGA